CUUGGUCGAGGCCAAUGUUGACGUAGAUUACUUUUGCGCAACCCUGGGCUGAUCCUUGGACAGUUGGUGAUGGAGUUCUGGCUGUCUUGUCAUAUUGUCAUCUUGGAGGCCUGAGCAUUGAAUAAUCUUGGAAUAUUUAUUCAACCAGCACAUUCUCUGUUCUCACACACCUCCAUCCAUCCUUGACAUCGACAUCGUCUAUCCCGAGAGCUCCCCUGAUUACUUGGAGCUGGCUGCAUCCUGACGUACUUCGAAAUUCCCAACAUGGAUCGGGACCGGACGCUUCGGGGAUCCUGCUCUUGUGGCCGAAUCCAAUAUACUGUUGUCAUCCCUCGCAACGCUGUCACGCAAGCCGAGGUCUAUUUUGAUACAAGCAGCGACCGUCGGAGAUACCAAGCAGCCCCAUUGACCGCAUGGCUCCGCGUGCCCCUAGAAUGGUACCACUCCUCCACAACAUCCUACUUCCCAGAUGAAACACAUGCUGCCAUCCGCCGCACAUUCAUCCCGCCCAAUGAUCCGCAUUCCCAGCGCAAUUUCUGUGGCUUCUGCGGCACGCCCAUGUCGUACUGGAGCGAGAACCCGCCCGAGGAAGCUGAGUUCAUGUCUGUGACUAUAGGCAGCUUGUUCAGCGAGGACCAAGGUGCACUGGAGGAUUUGGAUCUGUUGCCCUCAGAUGCGGAUACAGAUAAGGAGGUUGGCAGUGGCCAUGCCACCCCCGCUGCAACUUCUGCCCCUGCCAAUCAUUCUGCUACGGGCCGGCCAGCUUUGUCUACUGCAUCGACCUCUACCCAAAUUGGCCCGAGAUUCAUAGAACCACGUGUCUCUGUCAGGCGUCGGUUUGGCGUCGUCAAUGGCAUCCCAUGGUUCGAGGAGAUGAUGCAAGGGAGCCGGUUGGGGAGGGUUGGAAAGAGUCGGCGCGGGGUGGGCAUCAGUGCUGAUAGAACGAUGAGGUUGGAAUGGGAGGUGAGCGAGUGGCAUGAUGAUGGUUCAGGUCCCAUCGUGGAAGAUCUCAGCACUGGUUCUGGCUCUGACUAUCACACUCCCCCACGAACGUCCAAAAGGAAAACUCCUGAGAUGGGUGGUGAGUGAGCGGGCGAUGUGAGCGAGUUGAUGCUAAUUACACGAGUCGGAACGUGUCUGUCUUUACUUGAUCGUCUUUUUAGGUGAUUUGGCCUCGGUGGCUUUCGGACACCCCUCUUCGUUGGAGCAAUUCUCGGGCGUUACAGGUACAUGUUCUGUUCUUCAUUCUGCUACUGUACUACUAAUAGUGGACAUCAUUUAUCGCCUGCCCAGCUACUACAACCAUUUACGAGAUGGUUCUUUACCAUCACUUAAAGGAUAACUCCACCUGUUGGGCCAUUUGAUUUCUAUUUUGGCGAAACGAUAAACGUUGCACAAUCCAUGUUGCUAUAUGUUUUAUCCUUUUAUAACGCUCCGUACUUCUCUUAUUGG